AUGGAAAUAAAUAUAACUAGUUUUCCAGCUCAACAUUCGUUGAAUGAGGCCCCAUCGAGCCGAGAAACAAAUCCAAAUCACUCAGAAAUACAACUUCAUCAAUUGCCUUGCAACAUUAACCAUAAUGGAAAAGCCAAUAUCGAAAACUAUUUUUUGGUAAAUGCAUUAGAUAAAAAAAAUCAAGAUAUGUAUACUUUAAUAGAUAUGGAUAGACCGAGUUCUAGACCAACGGAAACCCUUUACGAGUCAUUUUUUCGUGGCCGUCGUCUUAUAGGUAGACAUGUCAUGCUAGACGAUGAAUACGAAGGUUGUAUAUUUAAAGAAUCAUAUACGCCCAAUAAAUCAGGUCCAUUAGCAAUAAACAUGGAAAUUGAAGAAAGGAGAACUUGGGAAACUUCUCAUAAGUUUCAUUCUUUUAUUGUAUGGGAACAUAAUACUGUUUCUUUACCUUCGAACAACCGAUUAUUAAGUUCUUUGGAUUGGUUAGAAGUCGCUAAUGCUGUGAGUGAUAAUUUUAUUUGUUUACAAUCAUAUGUAGUUGAAAAAUAUAUGCUAAAUUUCAAUGCCAACCUAGGUUCAUGA